UGUCUGAUGAGGGUUAUUAGAGAAAUAUUGGCUGCGGGUGAUGAUAACGAGAACGGGUGACAUUGGGGAGAAAACUGAGAGAGUGAGUGUCUAAGAGAGAACACCUCAAAUUUUUAUACUUUCAGAAAACCAGCUUCUGUUUUCAUUACUAUUCACCUCAAUCACUGAUGGAGAACACUCAGGCCAGCGUACAGUGUGAUGAAAACCCUCCUCCAUAUUACUCCGUGGUGAAGCCAAAUGAUCCCCCACCUCCCUAUGUGUGCACCCAGCCGCUGCCCAGUGCCCUGCCCAUCAUCCCCUACUACAUCCACCGUCCUUUACCCCCAAUACAUACAUCUCAAACAUCGUUCCCUGUUAUUGCUACAACAAAUAGCAUUGAGCCAGAAGAGCUGCCUCAGACCAGGCUAGUGGUGACACGAAACAAAAAAGCUUGUUGUUACAGAGGAUCAGGAGGCUCCGCCCUUCUCUUGGUUCUGAUUGGAAUUGCCGUCUGGCUGGGAGUGAAGUAUGGAGCAUCAUUGGUGUUCAAGGGUUCAGGGACGGACACUUGCCCAUCCUCAACUGUUGUCUGUGAUGGACACACUGACUGCAAGAGGGGGAGUGACGAGUCGACCUGUGUAAGGUUUGGAGCGCAGAAUGAACUGCAGGUCAUGACGUCCAACUCCGGACAGUUCCUUCCUGUCUGUUCUGCGGGGUGGAGUCAGAGUCUGGCAGACCAAACAUGUCGGCAGCUCGGCUUCAGAGAGAGUUUUCACUAUGGAUCCUUGCCAUCAACCUCCCCUUCAUUUCUCUCUGUGAGCACUCAGUCUGCAAACAACAUACAGGGAAGACUCAGAGUCACUUCAUCCUGUCCUGGUCAGGAGGCGACAUCGCUUCAGUGCAGUGACUGUGGGCUUCCACUGUCCUCCUCUAAGAUUAUAGGGGGUCAUGUGGCAGGUCUGGGUCAGUGGCCGUGGCAGGCCAGCCUGCACUUUAUGGGUUCUCACACCUGCGGUGGGUCUCUGGUCGCACAGGACUUCAUACUGACCGCUGCACACUGCUUUCCCAAAGACUCCGCCUCUUGGCAGUUGCCUAGUAACUGGCGAGUGUAUUUGGGUGUGGAGUCACAGUAUAACCUGCCCUCGCCGAACACCGUCGCUCAGAUCAUCCUCCACGAAAAGUACAACUCCCAGACCAACGACUACGAUAUUGCCCUGCUGAAACUCAGCCAGCCUGUCACCCUAUCCAGUACAGUCCAGCCUGUGUGUCUUCCCAUGUUCGACAAGACUGUCAUUGCAGAUACACAGUGCUGGACAUCUGGUUUUGGCAGCAUGACUGAAGGGGCAGCCCUUGGUUCCAGUAGGCUGAUGGAGGUGGCAGUAGAUAUAAUUGACUCAUCAGUGUGUAACAGUGCAGAUGUCUAUAAUGGGCAGAUCACUGAGAACAUGCUGUGUGCAGGAGAUCUAAGUGGGGGGAGAGACUCCUGUCAGGGGGACAGUGGUGGUCCGCUGGUGUGCCAGGAUGAUGAUGGACGCUGGUAUCUUACCGGGGUGACCAGCUGGGGUGCGGGCUGUGGCCGAAAGAACAGACCAGGUGUUUACAGCAACGUACACAGUCUGCUAACAUGGAUACACAGCAAGAUGGAGCAAGAGGGUCCUGACCAUGCAACACUCUGAAUGUACUUUGCAACACAUCUGAAGGAAGCUCCUGCCCCGGAGGCAUCACAACUAAUCACAUUUGUCUGACUUCCAUCUGUUUGGCCUGAUUUGGUUCCUGUUGCUUUUAAGAAAAUCAAAUCCAUUCAUCUGUACAGAUAAUUUGCACUCAUUUUCUUUAAUUGUAGAAAUACAUUCUGUGUUUGUUGUAUUUAUUUGUUGUUUUGUUUUUGCUCGUGCAGUACCUGAUGUGAAUGUCCUGCAAGUUCAAAUGGUUUUCUUUUCACAAACACUUGGCGAAUGUCUGAUUGAGAUUUGUUCACAAUAUUUGUUGGUUGUUGUUGAAUAUGGUUGUAAGCCAAAAAAAAAGCAAAAGAAAGCCUUGUAGGACUAAAAUAGUUAAGAUACACAUCAGAUGUUACCUCAGUAAGUUAUCUUGUAAUUUAUCUUGUGAGUGAGACUGGCUUCUACCAACAUCUUCAAUCAGAUCAAUUGUUUUGUUACUGAGCUAUAAAACUGGUUUUGAUCAUUUUAUUGCUGUUUAAUAUUCUUUUGGUUUAUUUUGAAAGAUACCUGUGCCAUUAGAUUAUUAUUGUCUGUCUGCCAAAAAACAUGAUCUUGUAACUUGGUGAUCCACACACUUCAUUAAUCAAGAGCAAACCGAACAAAUGUCUGGAAAUUAAAUGAGAGAUUUCUCCAAUGUCCUAUCUAACAAUGAUCUAAUGAUCUGCAGCUGAUGUGUUGUACUCCCAUCCCUCAAAACAUGGAAAAAAAUCUAUUUUUUUAACAUAUUAUACUACUGUAUAAAUAAAUAAUUAAACCUUAUCUGUAAAAGGUUUUCAUUCCAACUUA